GCAUACCGCUUUUAGUUAAAAAAACUUUUAAUUAUUCAGUUGAAUCAAUCGAAUCGAGUGCUUCUUCAGUAAUCUACACCAAGCCCGCCAAAAUGUCGAAAAAGCAAUGGUUCGUGUUGCUUUGCCUCUACGUCAUGUAUAUUUUGGCAGGAGCGGCGAUAUUUUUCUACAUUGAGGCCAAGGAAGAGCACAAGAGGGCUUCCGAGGAAAUUGCUGAGAGAAAAAAUAUCGAAAUUUUACUCAGAAAAUAUUUCCAAGGAAAUUACUCAGAAAGGAAGCACCUUUUUACCAGUUUAACCGACUACUGUGGCAAACCUUUGGAUAUGAAUAUGAGCGAAGAUCCUUUUAAUUACAAGUGGGACUUUUACCAUUCGGUAUUUUUUGUUGUCACUGUUGUCAGUACUAUAGGGUAUGGUAACUUGGCACCUACAGUAAUGCUGACCAGAAUAUUUAUGAUAUUUUACGCACUUAUUGGUAUACCAAUGAACGGUAUCGUUAUUUAUACUCUUGGAGAUUUUUUCGGGAAAUCGUUCAAAAAGCUCCACCAACGUUGGAAAAACUCGAAAUUGGAAGCGAAAAUCGAUUACGCUACUGCCAAAUUGGGUUUGAUAGGCCAAGUGAUACUCUACCUGAUUCCGGGAUUUACCUUUUUCAUAUUUCUUCCUUCGACGAUAAUGACAGUGUUCGAGGGAUGGAAUUAUGAUGUUUCAGUGUAUUACUCGUUCGUUUCGUUGACGACAAUUGGAUUUGGUGAUUAUGUUGCAGGUGGAAACGAUACCUUCGGUUUCGGCUUCCUCUACACAGUCUACCAAUACUUCCUGCUGGUCUGGAUCAUCGGAGGCAUGGGCUACGUGGUCAUGAUACUCAGUUUCAUCACCAACGGCAUGCGAAGCGAGAAAAUCAAACAAAUCGAACACAUGCUCGCGGAGAACAUCAAAAACACUCCGAGAAAAAUACGGGGCGAGCUCAGAACGCUCUUGCACGAGCUCCUUUUCAUGAAAGUCAAGCCAGUUUAUAAAGGAGAGUUCGAGUACGUGCCCUCGACCCUUGAAAGAAGCCAGAGUUGUCCUGAUCUCACCAUAUACAAAAAAGAAUCGCCCAAUAUGGCGAGGAAACGUGCCAUGUCUGAGUGCUACAGAGCUGUUACUUAUCAAAGAGUCCAAUCGGACACUGACCUCAACAGGAUCGAUAAGGAAAGAACAUUUAUGCCUGCCAAUGACAUUUUCGAACAAACCGAACUACUAUUCAAAGUUGUUAAUGCUUUAAAUAAUGAAUCUGGACAAAACGAAGGAGUGCAUGGAUUUUCGGACAGCAGCAUUUUAGCCAGCGAAUUUCACGAUCCAAUUCGCAACACUAAAAAACGUAGAGCAAUAAGCGACGUGAGACCACCAAGCAUGUUGUUACAUGAAGCCGUAAACGGCAAUACUUGGUACGGAGCUGACGCAGAUGAGGCUAUAAACCAAUACAGAAAAAGACAGCGAGCCAAGUCGGUGUUUGACUUUAAAAAGCCCGAAAAAGAAAACAUAUUUAAAAAGAUACGCAAUCGGAUUAUGUCAAGGGACGAAUCCUCUUACCAAGACAUAGAAAAACAGAAAGUUCCUCAGCCAGAAUCGCCUCCUAAUUUGUAUAUUAGGAGGGAAUCUUUACUGGCUUCUACACAGCAAGGCCAGAUCCUGGAGCAAACAUCCAUAGCUGACUUUAUAAGAGCUUUGACGGCUGUGAGCACUCAAGAGGAGCCUGAAAACACUUCUCCAAGGACUCGCAGGCAGGGGAUUGUAACGGCUCAAAGCAGGAGAGCUUCGCUCGUACCAAAUCAUGUGGCUAAAAGUGGAGGCCCAAGAAGGUUCUCUUUGAAGCCUUCCGAUGAGAAUCUCCUCAAGGAUAUUGUUAGAAGGAAAGAGAAGUCUAGAAAAAUGUCUUCUGUUGUUUUUCAAGACGAACGGAGGGAAUCUGUUUUAAGUCAAGAGCCAUACGUUGAACCUCCUCCUUAUUCAAGUAGCAGUGGUCCUCAAAGGAGGUUCUCAGUUAGACCAGUGAAUAUUACUUCGAUUGUGAGUCCCGUGCAAAAACAAUUACAAAAACGAGAGAGGACUGAUAGUUUAAGCAAAUAAAGACGUUUCUGUGAUUUAGUUUUGUAAGAUUUACGUAAAGUUAAGCUGUGAUUAAUAAAUGAGUUGCUUGUUAAUUGACUGAAGCAAUAAAUGAUAUUUUGCCUGUAUCAGGUUUGAUAGGACAAUAAAUGUUACUAAUGCGAAGAAUACUCCUAAUGCUGUAUCAAAUAAAUAUUUGUUUAAUGU